CCGUCCCAGUGGUGCAGCCCGGGGAGAGUCGGGAGCAAAGGUCCGGGAAAAGGCUCCGCACGCAGCCGGUGUCUGACUCCCGGGCGACCUCCAGGAUGCCAGAGGCCAAGAGUUCCCGCAAAGACCCCACGCAAUGGAAGAAGAAGAAGGAGCCGGUGCGCCGCACUGUCAGCCAGAUCUGCCCGCCACCUCGGCGGCCCCUGACCGUGGCCGACAUCCGCCCCGGCAUGGAGAACCAGCGGCUGGGGGUCGUGCGCGACUCCAUGUUUCAGAACCCGCUCAUCGUCAAGGCAGAACUGGGCAAACCCCGAGAAAGGAGCUGCAGCCUGCCUGGGGUUGAUUUCAACUACGGCCUCUACAUCCGCGGGCUGGAUGGAGGGGUCCCCGAAGCCAUCGGGCACUGGAACGUGUACAAGCAGCAGCCCACCUGCCCCCACGAGCUGACCCGGGAUUACAUCGCCAUGAACCGAGGGGCCGUGAAAGCUGGCCUGGUGACCGCCCGGGAGAACAUCCUCUACCGCAGGCUCAACGACCUCCGCAUCAGCGACCAGGACGACCGGCGCCAGAAGAAAGAGCCGCCUGCCCUCCCUCCCAACAUGACGUUUGGGAUCCAGGCACGGCCUUCGACCCCAUUCUUUGACCUGCUGCAGCACCGGUACCAGCAGCUGUGGGUGCAGGAACAGAAGGCCGCCCAGAAAGCCAUCAAACUGGAGAAGAAGCAGAAGGUGGUCCUGGGAAAGCAGUGCGAGACCCGCAGCAGCCUCCUGCGGAAGUAUAAGCCGCCGGUGAAGCUGGACGCCCUGUGGCAUAUGCCCCACUUCCAGAAGGUGGGUCCUCAUCUGGACACCUUCCCCACCGAGGCCGACCGCCAGAGAGCGUUCAAAGUCCACCAGGAAGAACGUGCUGUGCGCCAGGGGACCCUGCGGAUGGGCAACUACACCCACCCCUAGACCCUGUGACGCGUGAGCCACCCCCGCUGUGGUGGGAAGUCCCCUGAGAGACUCACCUGACUCUGCUGCUGCUCCCAGCCCCAGCCGGCCCCUCCCCCAUUUCAGCCGGCUCUCAGGUUAAUUGUUUUCUGUAAGCCCCCGUACACUCCACCCCAAGUUCACCAACAUGAGCCUCACCCUACCCCAGCAGCCUUCUACCUGUGACCCUCCUGGGUCAGCUCUCCCUGUUCCUCUUCCCAGAGCCUCACCUGACAAGAUCAACCCACAUUACGAGGCAGCUUUUAACAAGCCAGGCUGAGGGUGGAACCCCCGGCCCUGCCCACCGGGCGAUGAGAACAGCCGGCGCAUUUCCUGCAGAAAGCGCCACGCCGAUGUGCUCUGAAAGCCCCAUUUUCUGUUCCAAGCAUGAGUUUUCGUUGCUCUUUUUGGGACGGCUGGUGUCUCACCGAGGCAGAAUUCUCUGUCUGGGACCCCUGGCAGCGAGCAGGAAGAGCCAACGGUUUAUUACCGGGGCAGCCCCGCCCCUCUGAGCCAGGCGCUGUCAAUCAGGCAGGCCGGCGGCCUUGUCCUUGCAGACGGGACGUCACCUGCCCUUGAGAGGCCAAAGGUGUCCGGGUUGCAGAGCGUCUUGGGCAAACUCCUGGGCACUCCUCCCUCCCAGCUCUCUCAGGUUCUGGGACUUUUCUCCACGAAUUACAGGCCGAUGUGUUUUAAAUGGAAAA